AUGAUGACGAACGAAAGCAAAAAAAGUGAAAUAGCUAGGAUAUCUCCGAGAAACUCUCAAAUUUUGAAGGAGAUAAUCCAUAUUCUUAAUAAUUCCCUGGGGAGGGCAUUAAGAGAAUUCAUCGACAUAAUUUACGAAUCAAUCUUGUAUGGGAAUACUACCGAUAAGGUGUUAAGGUCAGUUUUCCUUGACCAGUUGAAAUGUAUUGGGGAGGCGCUUAAUCAAUUGAGUGAUACUAAAGUGGUUGUUGGUGUUCUUGAAAAGACUAGAAGGAUUCAUUUGAAGUUGAUGGAUUUCUUGAAUAAAUUAAGUGAUGAAAUUAAUUCAUUUGAAGAUAUAAUAGUUAAACAUUUGAAAAAUUUUAGUCUUACUUUCCAAUCGUUUAAAUUAUUGAAUUCCAUUGUGGAAGACUUGAUUGAUGAUGCGUUGAUCUCUGGUAUAUCUGAUGACAAGAUCUUCCAGGUCAAGAAUAAUUUGAAAUUGAUAAAAAGGAUUAAAGAAUUUAUCAAGUUCAAUUCGGAUUGGUUAGAAGCUAUGAUGGUGGAGUCCAUAGCAUUUAAGGAAUACUUAAUCAUUGAAGUGAAAAUAUUUAAAAAUAAUAUCAAAAUGGGUGAACUCAUAAAGGAUAAAGAAUUUGUAGUCAGAAAUGAAGAUUUCCAAAAAUUCCUCACAAUAAGGAAAAGUAGACUUAAAAUUUUAUAA